CACAAUCUCUUAAAGUCCACUGCAGUGGGUAUGUAAACCUGCAGGCAGAGAAGGGUGCAACAGACCUCACUAAGCAAUUGAAUCUCAUCUGGCUGAAAAAAAAAACGUCGGACGAAUGAUGACUUACGGUGCCUUGGUGCUGCUAGUACUGACAUCGGCCAUCGCUACGACUAAAGCAGAUGUGGUUGUCACCAGCUGUGAGGCGUGCCACGAGAAUGCCACCUGCCGCACGUCUCCUGGCGUCCCUGCGACCAGAACGUGCAGCUGUGGGGACGGCUUCGUGGGCGACGGUCUCACCUGUUAUUACAACAGCACAGCCUGCGAUGGCGACCAGCCCUGCUGUCAUCCGGGCUACCGCUGGUCUACGGAGCGCGGGUGCGAGGACGUCGACGAGUGCGCGUUGCGUGGGGUGGCGUGUGCCCAAUUUAUGGUUUGCGAAAACACGAUCGGGUCCUACGACUGCUUGCUGCCCAAACCACCCCCUGACUCGCACUCUCUGCUGUUCGGCUGCGGGGAUGUUGUGUGCCCGGCGGGGGAGGAUUGCGUAAGUAUCAACGGCACACCCCGCUGCCUGGACCCGUGCCAGCACUACUCCGUACUCAACGAUCCAUGGCGCGCCACUGACUUCUCUGCUAAUCACAGCGUGCCGGUGUGUGAUAGCCGAGACGACUGGCACGGCUGGUACCGCCUGUACCUGGGAAACGCGAGCGUGCAGAUGCCAGAGAAGUGCGUCGAGCGGCACAGGUGCGGGACAGACGCCCCGCUGUGGCUCAAGACCCCUCACCCAGCCGUGCAGGACGGAAUCGUCAAGCGUCGCGUCUGCGGGAGCUGGGAGCAAGGCUGCUGCCAGUUUGAAUCGAAUCCUAUCCACGUCAAAGCCUGUCCCGGAAAUUACUUCGUCUACAAGUUAGUCAGCACUAGAGCCUGUCGACUGGGGUACUGUGCAGACGUCAACACCGCUGUGUGCGGAUGCCAGGAAGAUGAAAUCUGUGUGAGGCAGGACCAAGUCACCUGGAGGUGCGAGAGACAGUUGGUUUCCCAGAUCAGACUGUCUGAUGGAAAUAAUCACUGCUCGGGGAGGGUGGAGGUCUAUCACAGAGGACAAUGGGGAACAGUGUGUGACGACUUCUGGGAUUUGCGUGACGCUGAUGUUGUGUGCCGACAGCUGGGCUGUGGAAGGGUUUUGUCUUCCCUCAGCUCCGCCCACUUUGGACCAGGCAGAGGACCGAUCUGGUUGGACGAUGUGCAGUGCACAGGUCAUGAGGACUCUCUCACACAGUGCAAACACCUCGGGUUUGGGAGGCAUAACUGUGGGCACGAUGAAGACAUCGGUGUGGUUUGCACAGUGGGUACCCGCAUCAGACUGAUCGAUGGAGGUAAUCGCUGCUCUGGGAGGGUGGAGAUCUUCCACAACGGCCAGUGGGGAACGGUGUGUGAUGAUUCAUGGGAUAGGAACGACGCUGAGGUGGUGUGCAGACAGAUGGGCUGUGGGAGGGCUGUGUCCGCUCACGGCUCCGCCCGCUUUGGAGAAGGCAGCGGGCCGAUCUGGUUGGACGAUGUGCAGUGCUUUGGCAAUGAGUCCGCUCUCACACAGUGCAGGCACCCUGAGUUUGGGACACACAACUGUGGGCAUGGUGAAGACGCAGGUGUGGUUUGCUCAGAGCCGUCCUCCUUCCCCGCCCCGCAGCUGGUGUGUGGGAGGAGCUUCCUGCAGGCGGGGCUUCUCAGGGCUCCCCUGGAGGCGGGCGGCCUGGACGUCUCGUCCGCGCACCUGGCAGACGCCAGCUGCGGCGUGCACCGGGAACAGAGCGGCACCGUGUGGUUUCAGGCGGAGCACAGGGAGGGAAGCUGUGGGACCCGGCUGAGGAUGAAUGGAACCCAUGCCAUUUACUCCAAUAUUUUGUUUGUCUACCCCAUAACUGAGGGGAGCUCUGAGACUUUUUCCAGUCCCGUGAGCUUCCCGUUUUCCUGCGUGUUCCCCCUGGAUGUGAAUGUCAGCCUGGGCGUGGCCAUCAAGCCAUUUUUAACUAUGGAGGAGGUGGGGGUUGUGGGGGUGGGCCCCAGUCCCAGGGCCACCAUGUCUCUCUACCGCAACGCCAACUACACAGACCCCUACUCUAUGGGUGUGGUCGUCCUGCCUCUGGGCUCCGCCCUGCAUGUGGGAGUGACUGUGGAGGCUGCAGAGAUGGACGGGUUUGUGGCCAUUCUGGAGGACUGCUACAUCACGCCCUCCUCAGAUUCAGAUGACCCAGUGCAGCACUUCCUGAUCAAGAAAAGGUGUCCCAGCAACCCUCGCUUGGUGACAGUGGAAGAGAGGGGGCCCCCUCUCCAGCGGCGUUUCUCCGCUCGGCUCUUCUUAUUCACUGGAAACUAUGACAACUUCUACCUGCACUGCAAUCUGAACCUUUGCGACAGCACAGAGAACUCCUGCUCCCAAACCUGCCACAGAUCCAGGGUAUCCCGAUCCGUCUCCCAAAACGAGCCCCUGACCCUCGGACCCAUCACCUGGGAGAAGGCCCAAGAGGAUUCCUAAGCAUCUACAGGAUCACCUACCCCAUAAGUGGGGACCUGCCUCUCGGUUUCAGGGUCUCUGGAGCUUCCAGGGCUCAUGGAACUCUCCCUGCUCGCUUUGCGUAGUCACAUCGGCUGCAGACUGUCCUGUCCCUGUUCUGAUCUCUUUUAUGUGUCCU